GAGGUUAUGUUUUCUUGUCUUGUUGAUCUUGGUUCUAAAUUGGUCACUUUUGUAGUGAAGAGAGUAAAACAAACUCCUCAUCACAAGAUGGCCUCCCAGAUUAGUCAGAAUUACCACCAGGAUUGUGAAGCUGCUGUCAACAAGCAGAUUAAUGUGGAGCUCACUGCCUCCUAUCUCUAUCAGUCUUUGAUGUCCUACUUUGACCAGGACGAUGUUGCCCUCCCCCAUUUCUCCCGGUUCUUCAAACAUCAGUCCCAGGAGAAGCAGGAACAUGCAGAGAAGCUGCUGAAAUUCCAGAAUCAGCGUGGAGGCCAAGUCCUCCUCCAGGAUGUGAAGAAGCCAGAGAGGGAUGAGUGGGGUAACAGCCUGCAGGCAAUGCAGGUUGCCCUGGAUCUGGAGAAGAAUGUGAACCAGAGUUUGCUGGAUCUACACCAACUCGCCACAGCCCAGACUGACCCUCAUCUGUGUGACUUCCUGGAGACCCACUAUUUGGAUGAGGAGGUGAGGAUCAUCAAGCAACUUGGGGACUACAUCACCAACCUGAAGCGCCUGGGAGCCCCUGAGAAUGGGAUGGGAGAGUACCUGUUUGACAGGCUCUCCCUGGAGGACAGCAGUUAG